ACAAACCCAAACCAACCAAAUCUUAAAAAAUCGUAAAAAUAAGCAGACAAGGGAUUCCAUAAUCCAUAUCCGAUUGUGCAGUGGAAAUAAAUAAGGGAGUAAAAAUGGGAACAACAACAACAACAAUAGGAAUUGGAGCGUUCAAUUUCAAUGGGUGCAGCAGCAGUUCUUGCAGGAUCACAAUUAGGAAGAAGAAGAAGGAAUUGGAUUUUGCAGAAAGCAGCAGAAGUAGUCAUUUUGCUAAACUGGAAUUGAACUUUGCGGAAAGCUGCAGAAGAAGUAGCCAUUUGGGUAAACUGGAAUUGGGGGCGAUUGGAAGUAGCCAUUUUGGUAAACUGGAAUUGGGGGCGAUUGGAAGAAGAAUUGGAACUCAAUUUCGCUGCAAAGCUGUGGAACAAACCCAGAACACAACCACAAGUACAGGAGUCUAUCAAGGUGUUUAUGGUCCAUGGACUAUUGACUCAUCCGACGUUCGUGAGGUUAUUCUAUAUAGGUCUGGGCUUGUGACGGCAGCUAUCUCCUUUGUUCUUGCCUCUUCAACAGCUUUUCUGCCAGGAAACUCUUUGUUAAGGCAAAAUCUUGAUCUGUUCUACCUGUUGGGAUCUGCUGGACUUGGUUUGUCAUUAUAUUUGAUUCACAUCUACGUAACCGAAAUCAAGCGCACCAUGCAAGCAUUCUGGGCCUUAGGUGUAAUUGGUUCUUUAGUCGCAUAUACAACCCUUGCUCAACCAGCUGGUGAGGGCUUGGUGCAAUAUGUUGUUGAUAACCCAACUGCUGUUUGGCUCGUCGGUCCUGUUUUUGCUGCUCUCACUGGAUUGGUUUUUAAAGAAGGCCUCUGCUAUGGGAAGUUGGAAGCUGCUGUCCUUACUUUUAUAAUACCUAUCACUCUUCUUGGACACCUGACUGGCAUAUUAGAAGAUGCAGGGAAAUUGAGUCUCCUGGGUGUUUGGAUGGCUCUCUUUAUCAUUUUUGCUGGAAGGAAAUUCACUCAGCCUGUAAAGGAUGACAUAGGUGACAAGUCUGUAUUCAUAUUUAACGCUCUUUCAGAAGAGGAGAAGGCAACUUUGCUCGAGAAGCUUGAGAAGCGAAUGCUUUAGUUCACAUCUACCUAGAGUCCUACCUUCCUAAGAAAUAAUCUAAAAGAAUAUUUGUAAGUAAUUUCAUCCAUGUUAUUGGUCUGUUACUAUGUAUUGUCCAUGAAAUUUUAACCAUGGUAUAGUUAUCUUGCGGUUGCAAAGCAUUUCAAAAUUUCUCCACAAAUAAUUUACUGAUGUUGUCCCUCUUAUUCUUAAAAGCUUUGUUUGUUCUCUUGUA